AAUUCAACGGACGAUUAGAUCAUUUCAAUUCAGCACAAAAGCCAUAUCCACAAGAAACCAUGGCUGACGCUGACGAGGGCGCGGGAGCUCCUGUUGCAGAGCCUCUGGACCUUGUUAGGCUCUCGCUCGACGAGGUGGUAUUCGUCAAGUUGCGAGGAGAUCGCGAGCUCAAGGGUCGUUUGCAUGCCUACGACAGUCACUGCAAUUUGGUUCUAGGCGACGUUGAAGAGACGGUCUACAUUGUCGAAGAGGACGAAGAAGAAGAGGAGACUAUCAAGACCAUCAGGAAACAGUCAGAAAUGCUGUUCGUACGAGGAGAUUCCGUCGUUCUCAUCUCCCCGCAAGCUCCGUCAUGACACACUGCGACCGAGCCCACAUGAUCGACAACCCCAAUUCAAUCACGACGGAAUGAAAUGGAACUGGAUCGAGUGCUGCAAUGCUGGUCCAAGGCAACAGCGACAUGAUAUUAUUACCCGGGAGGAUGGACCAAGCAAUCCGCCGAAUUGGUUGCGGCGCAGCCAAGGGCGGAGUGGAAACGCAGUAACCUAUCACAUUGCAUAAAGACCCCAGUUGUUGUAUUCAAUUUGAAAAGGAAAACAAAGUAAUAAUAAACUCAGCCUCAAGUUCAGACC